AUGAGGAUACUACCUUGUGUGAAGUCGUACAAUGAAGACGAAUAUAACUCCAAACAGAUCGACAGAGAAAUAAAGCAUUGGAUCAAAUCGUAUAAUGAAGCUAUUAAGCUGUUACUAUUGGGUACCGGCGAGAGUGGCAAGACAACAAUAAUAAAACAAAUGAAAAUUCUUCAUAUACAGGGAUUUACUGCCAGUGAAAGAGCAGAAAAGAUCAAAUACAUAAGGCACAACGCACACGAGUCUAUAUACGACAUUGUACAUAAUAUGCCUAUGUUGAGCAUCGCGUUGCAGAAUAACAAGAAUGUACGUUCUCAGCAGUAUAUACUGAAGAUUGGUCCCGACGGGCCCCCUGACUAUACUGAGGAGUAUUUUGAUCACGUACGGGCAUUGUGGAGGGACGCUGGAGUGAGGGAAUGCUUCAAAAGAUCCAACGAAUACCAACUCUUAGACAGCGCAGAAUACUUCUUAAAUCGAAUAGAUCUCAUAGCGAAAGCCGAUUACUUGCCAUCCGACUCGGAUAUACUACGCUGUCGCCAGAAAACUACUGGAAUACAGAAAAUUGAAUUCAAAGUGAAGGUUCCAAAGUCAAUGCACGGUGGUGUUCAAGAUUUCUGGAUGUUCGACGUCGGGGGGCAGAGGGGGGAAAGGAAGAAAUGGAUACAAGUCUUCGAAGGUAUCCACGCGAUCUGGUUCGUGGUGGCCUGCAGCGACUUCGACCAGACGCUACGCGAAGACAACACACAGAACAGACUCCAAGAAUCACUGGUGCUCUUCGAAGAUGUCUGGCAAAGCAGAUUCCUAAUAGAAGCGGGUUUAAUCGUUUUUCUGAAUAAGCAAGAUCUACUACAAAGUAAGAUAUCCCAAGGUCGCAGCAUCGCCCCCUACUUCCCCAAGUAUACCGAGUUCGAUUCCCAGGGCGAUGAGUACACUCGGACGAAACAGUUCAUACGGAGUAUGUUCGCUGAGCUGACAACGAAGAAGCGAGAACGCCGCAACUUCACGUCCUCAGCGGAGCGCUUCGUGAUCCUCGAAGCGAGCCGGCCCCGCGAGUGCUACUUCCACUUCACGACAGCCACCGACACGGACAACGUACGCACGGUCUUCAGAGAUGUGCACCAGAUGAUAUUAACGCAUAUACUUAAUAAUAUUGGAAUAUAUUAA